CUCAUCCAUUGGGUUAGGAGAAGAGACAAAAGAAACAAGAGAACAUGGAGGAUUUUGUGCCGAAGAAGUCUAGGGUUUAAUAAUCUUGAAACAUCAAUUUGGCGGCUCAAUGACAUAAUCAAUCCUUCCCAUUUUGCAAAAUUCAUCAUUUAUCUCUUUUGGGUUCUCUUCUAGGGUUUCAAAAUUGAUGCUUAUACAAGUUACAAGAUCAAAACCGCAUCAGUUUCUAGCUUCUACCUUUCGCAGUCAUACGGGAAAACUCCAAUUUACGACUACAACUAUGAAGGAAAUCAAAACAAAGAAGUCGUCAAGUGUAUCAUCCCCACUCAACCCAGAUGCGAAAUGUUCUUCGAGUGUUCAAUCAACCCCAGAAAUCGAAAAGAAGUAUGUUCAUCGUGUGUAUGAUGCAAUUGCUCCUCAUUUCAGUGCAACCCGUUUUGCGAAAUGGCCAAAAGUUUCGGCUUUUUUGAACAAUCUGCCAUCUGGGUCUGUAAUUUUAGAUGCAGGAUGUGGUAAUGGCAAGUAUUUAGGUCUGAAUCCUGAUUGUGUUUUCAUUGGUUGUGAUAUUAGUGCACCCCUUAUUCAGAUCUGUAAUGAUAGAGGCCAUGAGGUUUUAGUAGCAGAUGCUGUGAAUCUUCCCUAUCGAACCGGGUAUGGAGACGCUGCGAUUUCGAUUGCUGUUUUGCAUCAUCUUAGUACUGAGCAUAGGAGGAAGAAAGCCAUUGAUGAGUUGGUUAGAAUUGUGAAAAAAGGUGGGCAUAUCUUGAUUACUGUUUGGGCUGUUGAGCAAGAAGAUGCAUCUUUACUUAAUAAAUGGACCCCACUAACCGGAAAGUAUUUAGAAGAAUGGAUUGGACCCGGUAGUCCACGUGUGCGUAGCUCUUCUUCGGUUACGUUAGAAAGCAUUCCUGAAACUGAGGUGAGUGUUUCAGAGGAAGAAGUCAAAGAUUCGAGUAAUGUGAGUGAAGGCAAAGAGGAUUGCUUUGUGGGUAUCGAAAAUGGAGAUAAAACGGACCAGCAACAGGAGUACUUUGUACCUUGGCAUUUGCCUUACCAUCGUGCUGAAGUGAGUGGAGCUUCGGCUGGUGCACUUGAGAAUGGUCUUGCAAGAAAAGAUGAUAAUAAGGGCGCGAUAGUGUAUGACAGGUAUUACCAUGUGUUUGGUCAAGGGGAACUUGAAAGGUUGGUUUCUGGCAUGAAGAAUGCGGUUAUUGUGGAUCAAUUUUUCGACAAGUCUAAUUGGUGUGUCGUUCUCGAGAAAACUUCAUGUUAAUUAAAUCACCCGUUUUGAUUGAAGACCGAACCUUAACAAUGGAAGGUGCUAACGGUUAGCAAAACAUUAGAAAGUGAUCAAAAGAAAAACCAUUUGAAAACUGCUUCUUUUGAGCACUUGGCAUUUGAUGUCUUCGAUUUCCCGAUUUGUACACAUAUUGUACCAUGUCAACUCCUGGUUUUCGGGUGUAGAGGUUUUGUAAUUCUGCUAGUCGAAAAUUUUGUUUUCGUAACUUGAUAUCUCAAAUGAUGUUAUAUUUCAAUGUUCAAUUUUCA